CUGAAAUAAAUAAAGCUAAAUGACCAAAACCGCAAAACUUGAAGAGCUAUAGAAAUACAUACGUAUAUAUAUAUAGAUAUAUACAUCUGUGCAUAUAUAAAUGAACCAAAAAAGGCAAAAUUCCAGUUAGGAAAAUUAGAAAAUUCAGCAAAUUAUAAGCCAAGAACGCAGAACGCAACGCCAGCCGCCCACAACAAAAACAACACCAACACCAACACCAGCAACAACAAACAACAAUUAAAUAAGCCAAAGAACAACAAUAGCAAACUAAACCACAAUAAACUCUGAGCUAAAUUCCAUCCAAGAUAUCAAAUUGUUGCGGGCCACACAAUUAUGAGAGCCUCCUGAGGGUAUGCAACAGAAAUUUGGAUGCUGCUGCUGCUAGCAACGGCAACCGCAGCAGCUGCGCUUCAAUUUUCGAGUCUGUCAGAACAACACUUGAACAUAAUUGAGAAGAUUAAUAGCAAAAAAACGUAACAGAAACAAAGAGCGAUACUUGAAUCUAUGCAAUUAUCGUCGCGUUCGUCAGGUUUCUAAAGCGAGGUUGCAUCGUCGUUGGUUUGGGUUAAAGCUGCCACAGCCACUGCCACGCCCCAAACGCCAAGAUGACGAUGUGGCAGAGUGGCGGCAUGGGAGGCCAUGGCUCCCAAAACAAUCCAUGGAUGAAACUGAUGGGCAUCGUGCACAAGGAGCGACGGCACACGGACAAUGUGCAAAGCCAGAGUGGCUCCAACGAGCGCAACUUGAAUCAGUCUUUGCCCAAAUUGAGCAGUCAAGACGAAGAAGGGGGGGCUGGUCAUGGCUUUGGUGGCGGACCACAACACUUUGAACCCAUUCCUCACGAUCAUGAUUUCUGCGAGAGAGUCGUUAUAAAUGUAAGCGGGUUAAGGUUUGAAACACAACUGCGUACGCUAAAUCAAUUCCCGGACACACUGCUUGGGGAUCCAGCUCGAAGAUUACGGUACUUUGACCCGCUUAGAAAUGAAUAUUUUUUUGACCGUAGUCGUCCGAGCUUCGAUGCGAUUUUAUACUAUUAUCAGAGUGGUGGCCGACUACGGAGACCGGUCAAUGUCCCUUUAGACGUAUUUAGUGAAGAAAUAAAAUUUUAUGAAUUAGGUGAUCAAGCAAUUAAUAAAUUCAGAGAGGAUGAAGGCUUUAUUAAAGAGGAAGAAAGACCAUUACCGGAUAAUGAGAAACAAAGAAAAGUCUGGCUGCUCUUUGAGUACCCAGAGAGCUCGCAAGCCGCCAGAGUUGUAGCCAUAAUUAGUGUAUUUGUUAUAUUGCUAUCAAUUGUUAUAUUUUGUCUAGAAACAUUACCCGAAUUUAAGCAUUACAAGGUGUUCAAUACAACAACAAAUGGCACAAAAAUCGAGGAAGACGAGGUGCCUGACAUCACAGAUCCUUUCUUCCUUAUAGAAACGUUAUGUAUUAUUUGGUUUACAUUUGAACUAACUGUCAGGUUCCUCGCAUGUCCGAACAAAUUAAAUUUCUGCAGGGAUGUCAUGAAUGUUAUCGACAUAAUCGCCAUCAUUCCGUACUUUAUAACACUAGCGACUGUCGUUGCCGAAGAGGAGGAUACGUUGAAUCUUCCAAAAGCGCCAGUCAGUCCACAGGACAAGUCAUCGAAUCAGGCUAUGUCCUUGGCAAUAUUACGAGUGAUACGAUUAGUUCGAGUAUUUCGAAUAUUUAAGUUAUCUAGGCAUUCGAAGGGUUUACAAAUAUUAGGACGAACUCUGAAAGCCUCAAUGCGGGAAUUAGGUUUACUUAUAUUUUUCUUAUUUAUAGGCGUCGUACUCUUCUCAUCAGCGGUUUAUUUUGCGGAAGCUGGAAGCGAAAAUUCCUUCUUCAAGUCCAUACCCGAUGCAUUUUGGUGGGCAGUCGUUACCAUGACCACCGUUGGAUAUGGUGACAUGACACCCGUCGGCGUUUGGGGCAAAAUUGUGGGAUCAUUGUGUGCGAUCGCUGGUGUGCUGACAAUCGCACUGCCCGUACCGGUUAUCGUCAGUAAUUUCAAUUACUUCUAUCACCGCGAAACGGAUCAGGAGGAGAUGCAGAGCCAAAACUUUAAUCAUGUUACUAGUUGUCCAUAUUUGCCAGGUACAUUAGUAGGUCAACACUUGAAGAAAUCAUCGUUGUCUGAGUCCUCAUCGGAUAUGAUGGAUUUGGAUGAUGGUGUUGAAUCGACGCCAGGAUUAACUGAAACGCAUCCUGGACGCAGUGGAGCAGCUCCAUUUUUGGGAGCCACACAGAUGCAGCUGCAGCCGCCGCCAGCGCAGCAGCAGCAGCAGCAGCAGCAGCAGCUACAACAGCUGCAACUGCAGCAGCAGAACGGCUUCAAGCAGAUGCAGUCAACAAUAAGCGUCAGCGCAGCUACAGGCAGCGCCGGGAGCAGCCUCACAAUGAGGCACAACAAUGCGCUGGCUGUUAGCAUCGAGACCGACGUUUGACUACUGGUUAAAUUGAUGUUAAGUGGUAUAAGAUUGGCCUUGUCAAGUGUUACGUUGGAUGCCAGAAACGACUACAAAAGCUGUUUAAGUUUAAUUUAAGUAGAACAAAUA